AUCAAGAAUCGCGCGCGAGUGGCUUCCUAGUGACGGAUAUGAUCGUUUGAAGUGGUUUCGGAGUCUAGAAGCAAUAAAGAUGGAGAAUAACUUGAUUCGGGUGCUGGAAGGACAAUAUCUGGACGAACUGACCAGUGAGUUGUGUGACUUUUCGCUGGAAGAACAGAAUGCGGCCACCGAGGCGCAAGGGGUCAAACCGCUGGCCUCUUCGGACUAUGUCCCGAUUGUGGGCAAAAGUGUGACCUACGUGGUAGCUUGUGUAAUCAUCAACGACAAAAACGAGGUGCUGAUGAUGCAAGAAGCGAAGGAAUCGUGUGCAGGAAAGUGGUACCUACCAGCAGGUCGAAUGGAACCCGGUGAAACGAUCAUGGAAGCUGGGGCACGAGAGGUCUUGGAGGAGACUGGACUUAAGGUCGAUAUAACAACGCUGCUGGCAGUAGAGUCAGCUGGGGGAACGUGGUUUAGGUUUGUGCUGACGGGAAGAGCAGUGGGUGGUGAACUCAAAACCCCUUCCCAAGCGGAUCACGAAUCCAUACAAGCCAAAUGGAUUGGAAACCUAGACGAACUGAACCUCCGCGCUAACGAUAUUAUCCCCAUUAUAGAUUUGGCACGGAAUCACAAACGUCGCAUUCCCAAAGACCCCAGUUGGCACAGGGAUAUUCUACCGGCCAAGAAAGCUCACUAUAAAAACUAUCUCCGGGUAGUGGUUGCCAUCAAGAACAAAACCACCAACCAAGUAUUCAUUCUUCUCAGCGAGAAAACGGCCUACCAUUUCCCAACCGUGGAAAUUCAUCCCGGUCGCAGCAUCCACUCUACCCUUAAAAAGUUCAUGAUCGAACUGUUUGGGGCCGACCUUCCGCAACAUCGACCGCAUGGAGUCCUGACCGUCGAGCAUCAUAGCACCAGUUCACAGGCCAAUCCAACGGACGGGAUCUGCCUUACUCUGUUGGUCAUCUGUAGGCCCUCGAUCGAAAGUGUGUCUCUCAUUGGCAAGUGUAUUUGGCACGAACUGAACAAGGAACUCAGCGCCCGGCUGGCGAUGACCGUAGCGGCGAAAAAUUCCACACUUUUACUACAUGUCGUACGAUAAUGGAAUAGGUAAUGGGAGUUUGGCGCGCUAUGGCUGCGACAGCAAGUGUGAUCGUGGCAGCGUGAAAAAAUGACAAAUUUCUUUUUUUGGUACAAUCGACGAAUCUCGCCACGGGGAGAGUACCGUUUUAUUUUUGCCAACCAACAAGAGAAUCAAUUAUUUUUUUUUAAAUGUGUAUGUGCAGCUUUAGUAGUGGAACUACCUGAACAAACGAGUGGAAAACCUCAAGAGAACAGCAAUGUUAAGGGUACGAAACACCCAGAGGGUCGUAUAAACUGAUGAUGUUUUUUUUUUUUUGUUUUGCGCGAUUGGAAUCUCAAUGCGAUUUGGAUUUUAUUUCGCUUCUUGUAUUUUAAUUUUGCGGUUUAGUGAUGAGCCAGCAGAAACAGAAGUGAGCCAAAUGAGGAAAAAAAAGAGUACACCCGGAGAAUUUUAUGAAAGCUGAAAUUGAAGAAAUGAAAACAAGCAAACUGUUAAUUUAUUGCCACCACUCUGCUUAUGCCGGUGGAAACUGAAGAGUCGUAAAAAUUGGAGAAGAGAAACGAGAUAAAAACAUUACAAACGAAUUAUGCUACGGAUCAACCGUGAAAAUGAAGAUAGUGCGGCAAACAAAUGAGAAAUACGAAGAAGACACUUAGCUUGAAAAUUUAUUUACAAAAAGCGA